GUAUCUUCUCCUUUCUUACUCCGCAGUUUCCAUCUCUACGAAUCAAUGGCGGAUGAACCGAUAACCGAACCGUCUCCACCGCAGAACCCGGUAGAAGCUGAUGGACCCACUGACGUAUCGCAAAUAAGCUUACCAGACUUGCUCAACGAUCUAUCCCUGGGCGCGAAGGAUAUUAACCAAAUUAAUAUUUAUCACGCUAUCAUUAUCCUUUCCCAUACUUUACACUACAUAAUCAAACUUCGAGAGCACCCUGACUUGUACCUUCAGUUUAGGUUACAGCAAUUGAAGAAGUUGGGUAUCGAUGAGGAUGAAUUGAAGAUUAUUGAAACCAAGAAUCAAAAACAAGCACCAUUCAAAAUUGACACUUCUUCGCCAAUUGAUAGAUCAAGUACUCCACCAUUGUCACCUCCUUUGAAGUUUGCCAAGUUGAAUAAUCGAUCAUUUGAAGACGAUAGAGAUAGCACUGAAGAUGAAAAGUUCUUUGAUGAUAAUACAACACCUAAAGGUAGUGAGUCAGACUUGACAAAACACUUGGAUGAGGAUAACCCCCAAAAUUACGAAUCAUUCUACGCAGACAACAUUGAUGAUAUAACUUAUAACCUUGAUCAUGGCGAUGACGAAGAUAGAAUCCAAUUAGCAUCCUAUAUACCUGUGCAAUCGUUGGUUGAAGAAACAGAUUUGGACGUGGUUCCCUCGCCAAUUACUGACAUUAACCUUGAAAAUAUAAAAAGUCAAGUGCUCAAUUCCAGUAGAAAGAGAUCGCAAAACCAGCAUUUACUCAAGAUUUUCAAUCUCGUUAAAGUCCCACCAUUAUCCAUUGAACAGUUCUUAUUAAGAAUUAAACAAUACUCCCCUUCAAUUUCGGUCAGCUCGUAUAUUCAUUCAGCAUUCGUUAUGUUCAAAUUGACCGUUUUACUAGACUUGGUGCCACUCACCAUGCACAAUGUUUAUCGAUUUAUCGUUGCUUCGAUAAGAUGUGCCACAAAAAAUAUCGAAGAUAUCUACCAAAAACAAAAGGUGUUUGCCACAGUGGUUGGGGUAAGUUUAAAGGAUUUAUUUCGCUUAGAAGUCGGAUUCUUAUACUUGUGUGAUUUUAAGGUCAUUAUUGGAGAAUUGAUGUUAAAUAAUUUCUUGAGCCAUGAGUUUUAUGAUCUUUGUGAAUUCACGCAACAGGCUAAUAUUGACACGACUUAGUUUUUUCACUUUGCAUAUUUGGUUUCUUUGCUGCUUUCUAGACGUUGCAUGUUGUAUUCAGUUACAAUAUAUUUUAUGUAGUACCUAAAAAUAAAUUAUCUUAUGUACAAGGGCUUCGUGUAGUCAUAUUCCUGUAGUUCUUGCAGUUGCUAGGAGGAUAAUGGGAAUGUACAUUUCCAUUGAAAGAAAACUUUGACUGCAAAAAAUAAAAAAAAUGUCUCUUUAUUACACCAACAAUGAUCAUUUGAAAAUCCAGUUAUACUCCCCAAAUGUUACCACAACUGAUAGUGCUAGACAACAAAAAAUAUCAAAAAAGAAUGCGAUUUCUGUGGAUCGAACACAGGACCUUCAGAUUAAACUGUGACUGAAUCUCUUCAGUCUGACGCUCUCCCAACUGAGCUAAAACCGCAAACAAUCGAACCCACGCCGGGAGUCGAACCCGGAAUCUUUUGAUUAGAAGUCAAACGCGUUAACCAUUACGCUACGCAGGCUGAUUUUCUUUUGAAAUUUUUCAAUUUUCUACCCAGCAAAGUAGUAUCCACGUGAUUCUUCCAAAUGAUUUUCGCGUGACCUGUUGGACCUAGGUACUUGGGAUGGGAAUAACAUGGUCAGUAAAAGAGGUUCAAAUCCUUUAUUCUGGAUAGGCUCU